AUGGCCGAUAUCGCGAGAUUCAUGAGAUCCUGUGAUGUGUGUCAAAAAACUGUAGACAAGGGCCGCGUGAAACCUGCGCCGCUAAAACCCAUGCCCCUUAUAUCCGAACCAUUUGAGAGGGUAGCGGUAGAUAUUGUUGGGCCUAUCACGCCACGCGCGACUGACGGAUCAAAAUAUCUACUGACGUGUGUGGACUUCAGCACUCGCUGGCCUGAAGCAGUACCUCUGAAAAAUAUAGAGGCCACCACGGUGGCUGAAGCGCUGGUAGGGAUAUUCUGCCGUGUGGGCAUUCCCAAGGAGGUGCUGAGCGACAGAGGCACUCAGUUUACGUCUGCCAUGAUGGACGAGAUGUUUAGGAUUCUCUCUGUGAAGGGCCUUAACACGACACCCUGGCAUCCCAUGUGUAACGGUCUGUGCGAAAGGUUCAACGGCACACUGAAGAAGAUGCUCAAACGGCUGGCCGCCGAGCAACCCAAGGAAUGGCCGAAAUUUGUGGCUCCUCUCCUGUUCCCAUACAGGAAAGCACCGCAGAGUACACUGAAGUUCUCACCUUUCGAGCUACUCUACGGAAGAGCAGUGUGCGGUCCACUCCAAGUGCUGAGAGAGCUAUGGGACGAGGACGUGCCAAGUCCGGAGGUACGUACAACAUACGAGUACGUUAUAAACCUGGCUGGCAGACUUAAAGAAACCUGUCGUAUGGCCAAGGAAGAACUCCUGAAGGCCCAGGAGGUACAAAAGGCUCAUUAUAAUCGGAAUGCGCGACUACGCACCCUGCAGCCUGGCCAGGAGUGCUUAGUACUCCUACCCAUUGCUCAUAAUAAGUUGCUGGCGCAGUGGAAGGGGCCUUAUGAGGUCCUAGAGCGCGUCUCCGACUUAAAUUAUGCAGUAUUGACUGAUGGAAAACGGAAAUGUCUUCACAUUAACAUGCUUAAGGAGUAUCAUGCGCCUGCCAUCUCUGGUAACGCUGGCGCUCAGGAACCAGCAUAUGCUGAGGACAAGGCCGCCUGUUUGAAAGCCGUGCGUGGUAUUUUUUCCCUUUCAACAGCUGCACAUAAUCACCCCAAUUUCGCCCCUAGCAGCAGCAGCAGCAUCCUUAUGGAGGACGUCUUCCAGGUGCCGGGAGAGGAAGAGUGUGGACCAGGUUAUGUGGUGGCCCAGCGAGACGAGUAA